AUGUCCGAGGACGAACAGCGCCUAUUCCGCCUCUACGGCAAAAUGCCCAACAAGAAAGACCUUCUCCAGAAUAAACUCAAGGAACGCAAAUACUUCGACUCAGGCGACUACGCCCUAAGCAAAGCCGGCAAAGCCUCCGACGUAACAAGCAUCGGAUCCCGACACCCCGUCCCAGAAAACAUCCCCCACCUAACCGCUACAUCCCCGGGAGCCAACAACCCCGCCGCCUCUGCCGCUGCCGGCAGCGGCAGCAUCAGCUCCCAAGGCGGCCAGCAGAUUCCAGGAACUCUUAGCGGUCAUCCUGGUUCUGUGGGAUUUCAGAACCGUGGCAGUCCCGCUAAGGAGGGGGGGCUUUUUGCAUCGGGGUAG